UUAAAGUAAAAAAGGAAAGAAUACAGUGACACCCCGUAAUGGCAGUCUUGUUUAAAACCCUAGUCUCCAAAUCACUGAACCUUCGCACACAUCUCACUCCCUCUUUCACUCGUCUUCAAAUUCGAUCAAUGGCUACUUCCGACAUCAAGAAAAUUCAGAUCCAAAGAGACGACAUCACAUUUGAUGCAUAUGUGGUUGGUAAAGAUGAUGCACCUGGAAUUGUGGUUAUUCAGGAGUGGUGGGGAGUUGAUUUUGAGAUUAAGAAUCAUGCCCGAAAAAUUUCGCAACUUGAACCGGGCUACAAAGCACUUAUUCCUGAUUUGUACCGAGGAAAGGUCGGUCUCGAUGUUGCAGAAGCACAACACUUGAUGGAUGGUCUUGACUGGCAAGGUGCUGUAAAGGAUAUCCAGGCUUCGGUUAACUGGCUCAAAGCCAAUGGCUCACAGAAGGUUGGUGUGACCGGAUAUUGCAUGGGUGGUGCUCUUACUAUUGCAAGUUCCGUUUUAGUCCCCGGGAUUGAUGCCGGUGUAGCAUUUUACGGAGUUCCUCCUCCCGAGCUUGCAGACCCCGCAAACACUAAAGUACCCAUACAAGCUCAUUUCGGAGAACUUGACAAUUUCGUUGGAUUCUCAGACGUUAAGGCUGCUAAAGCUCUAGAGGAAAAACUGAAGGCAUCAGGGAAGCCGUAUGAGGUGCAUGUGUACCCUGGAGUGGCACAUGCGUUUAUGAAUACUUCCCCUGAAGGAAUCGAGAGGAGAAAGGGUAUGGGAAUGAACGAUGAUAAUGAAGCUGCUGCUGAGCUGGCAUGGUCUCGUUUCCAGUCCUGGAUGAACCGUUAUUUGUCAGCUUGAAAGUCGAAUACAAAUGAGGUAUGUAGGUAUUAAAAAAUGACUGGUACGCGUGUAAUAAUAAAUAAAGUGUAACAGAACCUGAGAUGAUCAAGGUUUGUUGUUGAAAUGGUGUGUGGUGUGGUUUGUAAAAUAAAUGUUACUGUUCAUGGUCGGGUUGGUAGACCCUCUUGAUUUGGGUUCUUGUUUGAAAUUUCUAAUGUCGAUGGUU